UUGAGUUUCAUUCUAGAACGAGCAGAAGUUGAACUGGCUCUGCAUCGAAACAGAAAUCGAUUAAGAAUGAGGAAAGACCUUCGUACAGAAGCCUGCAGCCGCGUGAGGGGAGGCUGAACCGACACAACAGAAAGAGGAAGUCAACUUUGGGAGUUCGGUUAGGCUCACCGUGUCGUUUGCUUCCUUGAGUCGCAAAGAGACAGUCGCACCUGUGAGCUGUGACGGUGAGCAUGGCCAGAACCGCCGAGGGGAACCUAAAACCGCAACCGAACGGACUGAAAACCGAGGAGUUGGUGGGGAAUGGCUUUCAUAACCCCAGAGAGAAGAGCAGCCCGCAGUCUGGCGUCCACCCCAGGCAGAACAAGCAGGAGUCCUUUGAGCAGCCGCCGAUGUACGUGGCCGUCAUGACCUACGUGGGCUACGGCCUGGUCACCCUGUUUGGAUACUUCAGAGACUUCCUGAGAGCGGUGGGCUUAGAGAAGUGCCACGUAGCCCAGGAAAGAGAAGAGCAGAAGGAUUUCACUCCACUUUAUCAAGAUUUUGAAAACUUUUAUACUCGGAACCUGUACAUGCGAGUGCGGGACAACUGGAACCGUCCCAUCUGCAGCCUGCCGGGACCCGUCUUUGACCUGAUGGAGCGGGUGUCUGACGACUACAACUGGACUUUCAGAUUUACUGGAAAGUCGAUACCUAAUGUCAUCAACAUGGGCUCUUACAACUACCUCGGCUUUGCUGAGAACAACGCUGAUUUCCUGAAAAGUGUAGCCGAUCGCUUACAGCGGUAUGGAGCCGCGGUUUGCAGCACACGGCAGGAAACUGGCAACCUGAGCUUACACGAGGAACUGGAGCAACUUGUGGCUGAGUUCCUUGGAGUCGAGUCCUCCAUGACUUUUGGAAUGGGCUUUGCAACCAACUCCAUGAACAUUCCAGCACUCGUUGGCAAGGGUUGCUUGAUAAUCAGCGAUGAGCUCAAUCACACAUCUCUCAUCCUGGGGGCCAGGCUGUCAGGAGCAACCAUCCGGGUGUUCAAGCACAACAACAUGUGCAGUCUAGAGAAGAUGCUGAAAGAGGCGGUUUGCUCAGGCCAACCCCGGACGCGCAGACCCUGGAGAAAGAUCCUGAUUAUGGUGGAAGGCAUCUACAGCAUGGAGGGUUCAGUAGUACGGCUACCUGAAAUCAUCGCCUUGAAGGAGAAGUAUAAAGCAUACCUGUACCUGGACGAGGCUCACAGCAUCGGUGCAGUGGGGCCGACGGGCAGGGGUGUCACCGAGCUGUUUAAUGUGAAUCCAGGUGAUGUGGACGUGAUGAUGGGAACCUUCACGAAGAGCUUCGGGGCAGCUGGAGGCUACAUCGCAGGGAAAAAGGAGCUGGUGGAUUACCUGCGCUCUCAGUCUCACAGUGCAGUGUACGCCUCAGCCAUGUCCCCCGCCAUCACAGAACAGAUCAUACGUGCCAUAAAGUGCAUCACGGGGAAAGAUGGAAGCACAGAAGGCAUUCGACGGAUACGCCAACUGGCAGAGAACACCAGGUACUUCAGAGCCAGGCUGAAGGAGAUGGGCUUCAUCAUCUACGGCGGCGAUGAGUCGCCAGUGGUUCCACUUCUCCUCUACAUGCCAGCCAAAGUGGUGGCUUUUGCUCGAGAGAUGCUUGCUAGGAAAAUAGGAGUGGUGGUGGUCGGCUUUCCGGCCACACCGAUCACGGAGGCUCGGGCUCGCUUUUGUGUGUCUGCAGCGCACACUAGAGACAUGCUGAACCAGGUGCUGCACCAUCUGAACGAGGUGGGAGACAAUCUGUGCCUGAAGUUUUCCCGGAGGAAGCAUCCGUCGCGUCCUGACCCCUGUGAAGAAACAAACAGCUGAUGUUCCUCUCGCCGCCUGAACUUCUCGGUGUGAAAAUGAAGCGUCCCUCGUGCACAGCGUAGGGUAACACCUACAGGACAGAACGGGACACAUGCACGGCAGCUCCUUUUAUGUGUUUACAACACAACGAGAAUCAACAGGAGCUUAUUUUCUUCUUUUAAACAUGAAUUACUGAAGCGUGUUUCUUAAUAUAUUUACAUUAUUUUAUUUUUAUGAAUACUGACCGGAAACUUGUGCACAAGCUGUCCUGGGAUGGUUUUAACUUAAAUAAUUAGAAAAAAAUCCAUGUACAAUGACGUAAUUACAUUUGUAUUAGUUUAGAAGAUCCAGUUUUAACAUUUCAGCUCAAAAAGAUGUAAAAGAUGUUUUAACGUCCCCUUAAUGAUGAACUACUGACAAAAGAAAAGGUGUAAAACGGUGAAUGUUGAAGACUGAACUGAAUGUUUGCUGAGAACCCGCCCUUCUGUGUGCUGUUAGUGAGGAUAAGUAUUUGUAUUUUUACUCUUUAGAUCUGACUGACUUUGAACGUUUGCUAAAUUAUCUGACCGACGUCUUUCUAGAAGCUCUGAGCUUUCCACGUCGUCGCUUCUCAGGUUUUCUAAUCCGUGAUUAUUUGCACAGCCGAAGUGAGAAGUUUUUAUUCAACGCUCCUCUGCGUGACGCCACUUUCAUCUCCACUGUAAAAUGACGGCCUCCUUGUAAAUAGAUCACACAGCUAUUGCCUCACCGACGCGUCGCCAAACCUCACACAAACACAAAAGGUGUUGCUGCAGGUUUUGUGGCCAGGGCGCGCACACGCGCCGAGUCUAACCGGCUUAAUUGUUGAUGUUUCAGAGACCCGUUGAUCUCAUUUUCACAAACUGUGUUGCACGUGUGAGGUUAAGCAUGCAGAGCACGCAUGCCUCAGCCAACCGAAGCCUAACCUAACAAUUAUCAUUUGAUUAAUGUAGGAAGGAUUAUAGCAGGGUGAUAUAAGUGUUAGCACAAUGUGUCAAACCGGGUCGAGUCAACACGUGUUUUUCUUUUCCUCAGGGACAUGACGAUGUUUGUGUGUUCAUCUCCAUAAACAACACCAGUUUCACAAGCUGACACCCAGAUAAAGUACGCAGCACUUAGGAAAGGCACGGCGAAUAAACUAAACACUGAAUGUUGUGAAGAUUAAAUGAAACAAACUGAACUCUAAACUCUGCUGGAUCGCUUUGUCCUGUAAGGCAACACUUCACAUCUGGCUCGUGCCGCCAGAAACAAUAAGAACCAGCUCCUCUAAUCAUCAGAUCUGUGAAGUCAUGGUAAAGCUGCAGAGGAGAAGCUUCAAGCCAGCCUCGUUGUAUGAAGAUGCACUAGCGUCCUCAGGAGGUCUGCUGUUGGUUUGUUUACCUUCGCUUUAACUGAGAGUGAGUUCCUUGUGCAGUGAAGCAAACAUACAAAUCUCCUUAUCGAUGGAUUAAUAAAGAUUCUAUUGUCAUCAA